GCACACGGCCUUGACAAGUAUAAAGCUCGUGUCACACAGCCACAAAGCGUCUGGAUUUGCUCGAAGAAUUUAGUGCUCUUCAGAGAAAGGUUGACGCGCCUUUCCCCGCCAUGCAACGGCUCUACUUAAUUAGCUACCUUGUGGCAGCAGCCACAGCCGCAAACUACCAAGACGACUAUCGCACUCAAUGGGAAGCAUUCAAAUCUAUCCACAGUAAGACGUACCAGUCUAGUGAAGAAGACCUACUUCGGUUUAAGAUCUUCACUGAAAAUAGCCGUCUGAUUGCCAACCACAACGCAAAAUAUGUUAAAGGGCUCGUGUCUUUCAAGCUCGGAAUGAACCAAUUUGGUGACCUGCUUCCACACGAGAUUUCGAAAAUGCUGAACGGUCUGCGUGUCAGGCACAGAAAUGAGCAAAACUCCACCUUCGUGCCACCUGCCAACGUCAAUGACAGCAGCUUGCCCGAAAGCAUUGAUUGGCGCGAGAAAGGAGCAGUGACUGCGGUCAAGGACCAAGGAAAGUGUGGAUCCUGCUGGGCCUUUAGUGCAACAGGUGCUCUGGAGGGCCAGCAUUUUCUGAAGACUGGCAAACUUGUGCCACUUAGUGAACAAAAUCUUAUUGACUGCGCCGGAGCGUAUGGUCCCCAAGGCUGCGAAGGCGGAAACUUUGACUGCGCCUUCACGUACGUCAAGGACAACGGUGGCAUUGACACUGAGGAAAGCUAUCCAUACGAGGCUGUGGAUGGGGCUUGCCGCUUCAAGAGAGAAGAUGUCGGUGCCACGGAUACAGGGUUCGUGGACCUCAAGAUGUUCUCCGAGAGUGAACUUCAGAAAGCAGUCGCGAACGUGGGCCCAAUUUCUGUCGGCAUUGACGCAAGUCGGAGCUCAUUCCAUUUCUACGCCGGAGGAGUGUACGAUGAUCCAGCGUGCUUCUCUACGUUACCUAGCCACGCUGUUCUUGUCGUCGGCUAUGGCGUUCUCGAUGGCAAGAAGUACUGGCUUGUGAAGAACAGUUGGAGCGAGUCCUGGGGCGACAAGGGCUACAUCCUGAUGUCCCGCGACAAGGACAAUCAAUGUGGCAUCGCUACUGUCCCUAGCUACCCGCUUAAGUCAGAAAUGAAACCUUCAAUGCCAACCUUGCUACUAGUCACCAACCUGGUGGCUGGUACCGUCCUUCUUGACCAGGCGUUAAUAGAGGAGCAGUGGAAAUCGUUCAAGUCAAUGCAUGGGAAAUUGUACCAAACAAAAGAAGAGGAACAGAAAAGGCUUCUUAUUUUUUCAAGCAAUCUUGAGUUGAUCAAGGAGCAUAACCAGAAAUACAACGAAGGAAAUGUCAGCUUUAAGCUGGCUAUGAAUCGCUUCGGAGAUAUGGUUGGAGCCCUCGAAAGUCAACAGUUCCUUAAAACUGGCAAACUCAUUCAACUCAGCGCUCAAAAUAUUGUGGACUGUGGUGCCAUGUUUCACAACAGGAACUGCGACGGAGGUUUUAUGGAUUCUACUUAUGGAUACAUUAAAGUGAACGGUGGUAUUGAUAGCGAAGAAAGCUACCCAUAUGUGGGAACAAAAUCAGACUGUGCAUUCGAUCCGACGGGAGUGGCUGCUACAGUGUCCAGCUUUGUCGACAUUAAUUCUGCAACAGAGAUGGCACUUAAGACUAAGGUGGCUCUAGUCGGUCCCGUAUGUGCAUUUAUCGACAACAGGAUGCCUACGUUCACCUUCUACUCCGAAGGAGUGUACCACGAUUCUGGGUGCUCCAAAGACACUAUGUACCAGGGUGUGCUGAUUGUUGGCUAUGGAGCCACUGAAAAGGGCGAGAAAUACUGGAUUGUGAGGAAUUCAUGGGGCACCAACUGGGGUCAAGAAGGCUACAUCCUCAUUAGAAGGGAUGCACAUAAUGAAUGUGGGAUCGCCAGCUUCAUUACGUAUCCUGUUAUUUAAUGAGCCGUUCUAGUUUACUUGAGUAUUCUAAACGGAGCGCAAACAACACAAAUACAGGUUCUUGAAAAUUUGCUCCAAUCGCUUGUAGUGGUUCCAAAUCCGCGUAACAGGCAAGCAACUAG